AGUAAAUCGAGCGCCUUUCGAUCCAAGUUCGGCGACGAUCUUCCGACGACAUGGGAUUCUUCCGCUCGCUCUUGGUGGUGUUUGCGAUGGGUGUGAGCUCAUCGGUGGGAGACACGCCUACGACAACGCCUGGUUUCGCAUUCAAGGAUGGUUUGGCGCAAGCCCCCGUGCAACUCCAAGCGUUCAUCGACCUCUUGUGCCCGUACAGCAAAGCUGCGUACCCUGCGCUCAAGAAACUAGGAGAUGCGUUUGAUGGAUCGGAUUUCCGCCUCACCUUCCAAGUGCUUCCCUUGCCGUUCCAUCGCAAUGCGUUCCUUGCUGCCCAAUCGGCAGUAUCCGUGGUACAAGCUGUUGGCCCACACAGCUUUGUGCCGUGGCUGGAAACGAUAUACGCCAACCAAGAUACGCUGUCCAAUGCCAACACGCUUGACACAACUCCCUCCACCCUCAUCAACCAACUCGCGACUUGGGCACAUGCUGCGUUCCCGUCCAUCAAGAUUGACGCUUUCCGCGAGACGAUGCAACCUGGGACUACCACUGACGAAAAGACCCGUCAAUUGUUUCGGUACACCCUGGCCCAUGGGAUUGCCGGUACUCCGAUGUUUUUUCUGAACGGGGUCCAUUUCAACGACGCCGACAGCGCAUGGACGUUUGACGACUGGUACAAAGUCAUCAAUCCGCUCGUCCAAGCCAACAAGGCCGCGGCGCCUCAUUCAAACGUCAUGUCGAUUCAUGUGGCUCUCCCCGACCGCACUGUGCACCUAAACGCGCCCCCUUCCGUGUGCGGCAGCGACCACGUUGCGUGUGGAAUUGCUGAUGGAAAGACCGUGUGCUGCAGCCUCGCGUCGGAAGUGUGCAUCGUUCGCCGCGGUUGCAUGCAGCAUGAAGCGUUGGCCGCUCUCGUGCAACAGUAAUCGUUCCAAUUUGCACCCCGUUUGGUUCACGACGCGGAGGUUCUAAUGCUGCCUGUCAUGACUGUGCUCUGCGUUGUCCCGAGGUCAGGAUUCUCAUGCACCAAGCAUCAAACCCUUGGACACACCAUCCAUCCAAGCCCACGUUGAGGGCGCAUGAGAUAAUUUCAAAAUGCACGUUCAAAUGCAUCAACGGA